AUGUUUCGUCUCGAAGAACUAGGUACCACUGCGUUUGCAGGUUUGGCUCUGGCACUGCAACCUACAAGUAUGCACACGUUUCUAUCGUAUCUUUUUAAUCCAGAGGAACUUAAAGGAACGUUGCAUGACCAAUGGACUCGUGUGCUUGAUACCGACUUCGUUGAGACACAAAUUAUUGACAAAAUGCUGAGUUUUAAGCCAGAGAUCGACAAGCUGUUGAGCCAACUCCAUACUAAAGCCUUCGGAAGAGCUGCUUCCCCUGAUCCUAUCCGUAUUCCCCGCGAGGUCAAGGCAAACCCAGUGCCUGCAUCCUUAAAUAAGCUCUCACUAGCAGAGCUCCAGGCUCAACAGGAGGCUCGAAAGGAGCGAAUGAAGGUUCAAGUUGCGAGUAAAUACGACUCUGCCGACGAAUUUCAGUUCGCAACUGCAGCUCGCGGCAGCAACCUCGAGGCAGUACGGGAACAAAUAGAGCGCGAGCGAGACGCAGCUCUGCACUUCGACUUUAAGGCCAAACCUGUUCCUCAUACCAAUACAUCCGCAGCCGAAGUGAAGCUUACAGCGGCCGCUAUCUUGCGUGAAGAUGCCUUGUUUAAACGCAAGCAAGAGCAUGAAGCAGCUGUAAUCCGCGCGUACGAGUCGGAGCUGCGUGAUCCCCUCGAGUUCUACCGCUGGCAAGCCAAUAUGCAGCAGCAGGACGAAGAGAACUAUCGUCGUGAGGUGGAGACUCGUCGACUCGAGAUGGUUCAAGCGCAAUUUGACGCCAUGGAGGCUGCGCGUCAAGCCAAACUGGAGAAUCGAGAGGUGGCCAUCGAGAUGAAGACACAGGCGAAAACGCGAGCUGUCGAGCGUGAAAAAGAAGAGAACGAGUUGGUAGAAAAGUACCGACAUCUUACUGAAGACGUCAAGCGCGUACGUGACACUGCACCGCGAGAAGCCGAGGCGCAGGUUCGAGAAGAAAACGCACGACAACGUGAUGCCUUGCUGGAGUUCCUGGCUACUGAAAGAGACCGUAAAGCUCAGCAAGAUGCCAAGGAGCGAGCAGCACGCGAAGACUUGAUCCGUCAGAUUCGAGCUCUAGACAAAGUUCAUCGCGAACACGUCGCUGUGUUCGACCCCACGGAGACAGCGCAGCUUGGUCUGCUGGAAGAAAUGUCAUUGGCUGAGCUUCGUGAACGUCUUCGCGUACGUUCUGAAGACCAGAAGCGCUGGGAAGAAUCUCGACGCGACACUAUCCUGACUGACAAGCAGGAGAAGAGUGCAGAUCUGCUCGACAAGGCGACGAGUGCUGCACGUCGACGUCGAGCGACAGCAAAUGAGACGCUGCGAGCUCUUGUACGUCAUGAACAACAACGCUUCGCUCACGCUCGAGGCACUUUACAAGCUCGGAACAUGUACGCCACUAACCAGACUCAAAACAUGACAACACAAGCUCGACUCUUGUCAGCUACAAGAACAAAACUACAACCCAAGAUAUCCAUUAAGAAUCCUCGUCGAAACCAAGAUGAACAACCUCAAGUAACUUAG